AGAUGAUCGAGAGGCUUCUUUCGAUACUUUUUUUUAGUGGAUUUUUUGGUAUAUAUCUUCUUCAAGAACGUUCUUUUGCGUUAAAUAAGUCUCGAGGUUUCCUUAAUCUUUAUCGAAAAUGGCAAGAACCGGCUGCUAGCUGCUGGGCACCACAGGGCCCAAGAUGAGCAAGAAGUCUACCCCUAGCAAGGCGGGAGUGACAUACAGGACCAGCUCCCGCAGGAACGGUUGGAGCUGUCCUCCUCACCCACUACAGUUUGUCGCUUGGAUCUUCAUUGCCGCCUUCGCAGUGAUGUUCCAUGGCAUGGCCGUACCCACCAUUCCGUAUCAUUGGCAGCCGGCCUGUCACAUGAUCGUGGGUGUCGUGCUCGCCGUGCACGUCAUAACGCACCUGGUGUGCCUGACCAUCAACCCAGCUGACCCCAGCACCCUGCGCAGAGACAAGAAGGCCAUGCCGGAGUUUGACCGGACCCAGCACAAGCACGUCAUUGAGAACAACCACUGCUACCUCUGUGAGGUGGAUGUUGGCUUGAGAUCCAAGCAUUGUAGUUCGUGCAAUAAGUGUGUCGCUGAUUUUGAUCACCAUUGCAAAUGGCUGAACAACUGUGUGGGCUCCAGAAACUACAGGUGGUUCAUCACUUGUCUGGGUUCAGCUUUUCUGUGCUGCUUGUUUGUCUUCGCUGUCUUCCUGUACAUUUCCAUAGUCUACUGGGUCAACCCAAAGCUCCUUCAUCCAGAGUUAUAUGAUGGUGCUGCAACCACACAGCCAACAGUCACAGCGGAAGAACUGACAACCUCACAACUCCUCAACAGCUCAGCGAGUCCGACAACAGACAUCUCCGACCCUCUGGUAGCUUACCGGAGCGGUCUCAGGAUCUUUGGAGAGGUGUCGGGUACAGCCUUCUUUGUUGUAGCAAUCGUACUCGCCGUUCUGCUAUUAGUAACACUCUGCCUUUUAGGGCAUCUUCUUGGCUUCCAUAUGUUUCUGAUCUGCCAUGAUAUGAGCACCUAUGACUAUGUCAUGCAAGACCGCAACGCUUUCAUCAGUGGCGACGUAGAAGCACAGCAAAAGAAACCAAAGAAAAAAGGCUGUUGCAAGUGCAAUAAUCAAGUUGCGCCGCUGCAGGAGGCCAAGGAAGAAAUUGAAAUGACCGACACUAAAAAAGACAGUACUACAAGCCAACUGGAAUCCAACAACAACUCCAACUCCAACCUACAGCAGCAGCUUGUCAUAUCAGAGCCUCUCAUCAAGCAGAAAGAACAACAGCAGGACAAACAGGAGCCGCAGAGCGUAACAGUUACAGACAGCAAACCCAAGUCAAAGAAGAAAAAGAAGUCCAAAAAGAAAUCCCAACGCAUGCGCUCCCUGACAGCCAGGGAAUCACUCCAGCCUGCGCUGAUGGGCCAUCCUUACCCCCCAUCCCAGAUGAAUCUGGCCAACAGCAUGCCCCAGACCUACCUUGAACAGCACCUAGUCCGGAGGUUUAGCCUUCCCCUGGUCACCCCUGCAGGAAUGCACCCCCAAUACCCUGUAGCUGAGCCUGUGGAGGACCUGUUCUUCACCCAGCAAUUUCCCACAGUGCAACGGCCCAUCACGAAUCCCCAGGAUGGACAAGCCCGUCAGUGGCGCCCGAUCCCCCCUCCCGCAGCCAUCAGCUUCGACUCGCCCACCCCGGCUGUAGACUACCACUCCUCCUCGGCCGAGAGCCUGGUUGAGAUCCCCCUUGGUCGGGCAUAUCACAGAGGGUCCUUCAGCCAUCCUGCACAGAAAGCCUUGCUGCCCGGCGGGAACCAGUUAGUAACCGGUUACCAGCAUCCCUUAGAGAAGCGGCACCUGAGUCACAACAGCCAUCCCAACUUGACGACGAGUGGUAACCAGCAGCAACCGGACAUCAAGCAACUUGGUGCCGGCGUGACCCAUCUGGAAAGCAACACGAACAAUAUGUCUCACUUAAAAAAAUCCAAAAGGACAUCUGCGAGAACUAAGAAAGGAGAAAUGUCGAAUGUUUCGCCUGCUGCAGGACCGCUGAAUGAAAUAGAAAGAACAAAAAGGCAUUCCAUCAAGGAGCCACUGCUAGUGCAGACCGCUCAGGAAGCAGAAUCACAAAUAGUGCCAGAUGCUGAGAGACUCAAUAAAAAAACUGGAAACUCAGGGAGGAGGGCCAAAAAGCAAAGAUCGCCACAGUCUGUGGAGACAACGGCUGAAGUACACCGGCAACUUGAUGAUCAGUCAGAGGUGGCCAUGCAGUCCUCACAUGAUAGCCGGCAACGGAGGAUGCCAGGGCAAGACCAAGAGGCAAAGGUUGACAUAGACCCCCAUCUCCAGGACCGAACCACAUCAGACGCCAGAACUCAGAACGGGCAAGCGCCACCACCCAAGGCUGCCCCAGUGGCCGCGCCAAGGAGGCGAACUCUGAAGUUGGGCCAAGAGCCCUCGGGAAGUCAGACCUCUCUCCACAGCUCCUCCUCCCGUCAGCAUCUCCUGGAAGAUGCGGACGGAGAUAGUAAUCGUCCGUCAUCAGGAAGAUCCAGGAAGGAGCAGCUCCAGGAAAACGGCUCCCACGAUGCCGUAUCCCUCCCCGGUUCCAUCCCCGAGGUCCCACCUUUGGAUCUCGGCCCCCUGGCAGACACCCAUGACUCAAAGGCUGCCUCGGUGACUCAUAGACCGCCUUCCGACCGUGGGUCGCUCUCAGAUGAGCAACUAGUUGAGGGUUACUCCUCUGAGGAAAUGAACUCAAUGCCUAUGUCACGGAGACGAUCCUUGCUGCUGCGUUAUUAGAGCAAGUUAAAACUUGCACAUGAUGUUCCUGUCCCUUUCUUUGUUUUCAUGGACCAUUUAAUGUUUUUCGAAAAUUGUUACUGGAUCUUUAGAAGAUAUUUCAUCCGUGAAACUAUUACGUUAGUGCCAAAGCACAUGAGAUUACUACUUUUCUAUUUUCAUUGCACAAGUGCACUUCUUGGACAUGGAAUUACAACUGCUGAUACUAUCAUGGCAAUAUUCAGAAGUUCGUA